GUAACCACAGGCGAUGGCACGGCUAUCAGCAAGUUGACGGCGGGCGCUUCUCGCUCUGGGGUCCCGAGGCAGAAGGAGGAUGGACUAGCAGGGAAGAGCAGUCGCUGCUCGAUGCCAUCGAGCAAUAUGGAUUUGGUAACUGGGUACGAUUCACAAAUGAGUCCAUAUUGAUGCGGCUUUAGUUAACUUACUUUGCAUUGCCAAAUGUGCACAUCAGUGCAAAAUGAUCAUGUUUAGUCUGCAACAAAUGAUGCAUUGCUUACUGAAGAAACUUUGAAAUAGGUUUUUAAGAACCAAGCAGGGUUUGUGCUGCACAUUGUAUUAAAGCAGAAUGUUCUCAAAGCACCCCAUGAUGUACCCCCAGCACUGCACGUUUUGUAUGUCUCGCUGUAUCUGACACACCCACUUCAGGUCUCGCAGUCUCCACUAAUGAGCUGAUGAGGUGAAUCAGGUGUGAUAGAUGAGGGAAACAUACAAAAUGUGCAGGGCUGGGGCUACUUCGAGACAGGAGGAUAUGGCAGCCCAUGUGGGUGCAUCACGCACCCCUCAGGAGGUCAUGGACCAUUAUGUGAGCAUGUAUAUCCAUGGCAAUCUGGGUAAAGCCUGCAUCCCUGACAGCAUCCCCAACCGCGUGACAGACCACACUUGUCCCAGCGGAGGUCCGCUGUCUCCUAGUUUGACUACCCCAUUGCCCCCUUUAGACAUAUCUGUGGCAGAGCAGCAGCAACUGGGAUAUAUGCCGCUUCGUGAUGACUACGAGAUUGAAUAUGACCAAGAGGCAGAGAAACUCAUCAGUGGCCUGUCUGUAAACUACGAUGAUGAAGAUAUCGAGAUCGAGAUGAAACGAGCCCAUGUGGACAUGUACGUGCGUAAGCUGCGUGAACGACAGCGACGCAAAAACAUCGCUCGUGAUUACAAUUUAGUGCCAGCCUUUCUGGGACGGGACAAAAAGGAUAAAGAGCGAGAACGACCAGGUGGGACAGGAGGACUUGGGGGCGUAGGUGGAGCUGUAGGAUUGGGAGGUGGUACCACCAUCAUUCCGACAGGGUCUCUGGGCUCCUCUGUAGCAGCAACACCGAAACGCAAAAUCACCAAGGAAGAGAAAGAGCAACGGACGAAACUACGUGCCCUCUGCCAGUUCAUGCCACAACGUGAGUUUGAGGAAUUCUUCGAUAACAUGCACAAAGAGCGCAUGCUUCGGGCGAAGGUUCGGGAGCUUCAGCGUUAUCGGCGGAAUGGCAUCGCGAGACUCGACGAGUCGGCCGAGUACGAGGCGGCACGUCACAAACGGGAAAAACGGAAAGAGAACAAAAGUAUUGCUGGGUCGAAGAGAGGUAGCAGCGGCGGAGGAGGAGUGGCUGGGCUUGGAGGAGGAGUUGGAGCAGGAGGUGGGCUUGGCGGAGGUGGAGUCAGUGCCAUCAAAGAGGAGGGGAAGGACAGUGAGUUUUCAGCCAUCGAGAACCUGUCUGGCUUUGAGCUGCUGUCCGAUCGCGAGAAGGUACUGUGCAACUCUAUGAACCUUAGUCCCACACGCUAUCUGACUGUCAAGACUAUCAUCAUCAAAGAUCACCUACAGAAAAGGCAAGGCAUUCCCUCGAAAAGCCGCCUACCCAGCUACCUGGACAAGGUGCUGAAAAAACGGAUUCUGAAUUUCCUGUCGGAGAGUGGCUGGAUAUCCCGAGAAGCCUCCUAACCACACUGUCCAAAGAUUUGGCUGUAAAAAUAAUGACUGUAAAUAUAUUUUUCUAAUGUUUUAUAUUGCAUCUCAAAAAAGGCUGUGAGAACUAAAUGACUGUAGGUGCCACACUACUGGUUGUGGACCUUCAGUCAGUCUAACAUGUCUGUCUUUGAUCUCAGAUUUCCUCAUCGAAACAUAAACAUGGUUAUAUUACAUAAUCAGUAUCCAUACGGAGCUUUCCAGCAAGUUGUCCUGUGUAAUAAUAAUACAUCAGAAUAACCACACAAACCCAUUGUCCCACGUUAAAAUGCCUCCGUUUUGAAUGUGAUUUUGAGUGGUGUUGAAUGUUCCCUGCCAAUAGAGUAUAAACAGAAUGUUUAAUGUUGUACAAAGCAGAUUUUUAAAAUUGGUUCUGAGUUUCUUUUUUUCUAAUAAGAAGAAAAUUAGGUCAGAUCCUUGUUCUGCUUGCCAAAAGUCUAAAGUUCCUCUGUUCUAACCUGAAUUUGCCUGUUUCUGUUGGAUAUUUUUGUUGUCAAUUGUGGGAAUGUGAGUCACAUGAAGCAUGCUCCAUACUAUAUAAAUGUCUGAUUAUUAUUAUUUUUUUGGAGUUGACCUUUGUGAGGUUAUGUUACUAUUGAGCAUGUUUCAGAGGCUCAAGUUAAGUGGCACACAUCCAGGCCCUGAUCACCAAUGGAGAACAUUUACCACAAUGCUCCUGUUUCAAGAGAGUAUUGUUCUGAUUUGUUGGGUAAAGUGAGGGUUCAAGUUAAAUACAGCAUGAAAGGUUCUCAUGUCAACACGUACACAAUUUAUAAGCUGAGACUGUAUGUUACAACUACAUACUACUUUUUUUUUUUUUAAAUGCCUUGACAAAAUCUUCAUGCAAUACCAAAUCUUAGACAAACAUAUUUUUCCAUGAUUUUUAAUGCUAUUAUUGACUGCUUGUGUCUACCCCAAAGCUGUAGAAAAAUAAGAAAAGCAAUGUUUUUAAAGGCCAAUACAAAGGUUUAUAUUUUUUACAUAGUUUUGAAAUGUUUACCCAGGUGAAAAACAAGUGUACUUCCAUAAUGUACUUAAAGUGCUCUUUCCAUGCACUAAUUUUGUACUUAAUAUACUAAAAAAGAUAAAGUUAAGAUCAUCUAA